AUAAACGGAGCACGGGCGCCGCAGCAAUGGAGGAGAGAGAGCUUCAUAGUCCAGGCUCAGUUCAGACAUCAGAGUUCAGGCCAGGAACGGAGAGUUUCAGAACAGAAGGGAGCUAGAGAGGGAGGGUUUUCUGAGUACUCCGGCUUGCGGCGGUGCGGCGAGGAUGGUGGCGGCUGCUGCCGGUGCGAUGAAGACGGCUGCGCCAUGGGUUCUAGCUUGCGGCUUCCUGCUCUGCUUAGCAGGCUUUCCCGGAGCCGAGGGUGCCAUUGGUGUGAACUACGGCAUGAUCGCCAACAACCUGCCGGCGCCGGAGCAGGUGAUCUCCAUGUACAAGGCCAAGAACAUCAGCUACGUGCGGCUCUUCCACCCGGACACGUCCGUGCUCACCGCGCUCCGGGGCUCCGGCAUCGGCGUCGUCCUGGGCACGCUGAACGAGGACCUCCAGCGCCUGGCGUCCGACCCGUCCUACGCCGCGUCGUGGGUCGCCACCAACGUGCAGCCCUUCGCCGGCGCCGUCCAGUUCCGGUACAUCAACGCCGGCAACGAGGUCAUCCCUGGGGAAGCCGCCGCGCACGUGCUCCCGGCCAUGCAGAACCUCGAGUCCGCGCUCCGGUCCGCGGGGGUGAGCGGCGUCGCCGUCACGACGGCCGUGGCGACGGCCGUGCUCGGCGCGUCGUACCCGCCGUCCCAGGGCGCGUUCUCCGAGGCGGCGGCGCCGGUGAUGGCCCCGAUCGUCUCGUACCUGUCGUCAAAGAACGCGCCGCUGCUGGUGAACGUGUACCCGUACUUCGCCUACUCGAGCAGCGGCGGGGAGGUGGCGCUGGGGUACGCGCUGCUGUCGGCCGACUCCAGCGCGGCGUCGUCGGUGGCGGACGGCGGGGUGGUGUACACCAACAUGUUCGACGCGAUCGUGGACGCGGCGCACGCGGCGGUGGAGAAGGCCGGGGUGCAGGGCCUGGAGCUGGUGGUGUCGGAGACCGGGUGGCCGUCGGGCGGCGGCGUGGGCGCCAGCGUGGAGAACGCGGCGGCGUACAACAACAACGUGGUCCGGCACGUCGGCGGCGGCACCCCGCGGCGGCCCGGGAAGGCCGUGGAGACGUACCUGUUCGCCAUGUUCAACGAGAACGGGAAGGCCGAGGGCGUGGAGCAACACUUCGGGCUCUUCCAGCCGGACAUGAGCGAGGUCUACCACGUCGACUUCACGGCGGGAUCCUCCUACUAGGCUCCGACGCGGAUUGUUCGGAGUUCAGAGACGGAUCGGAUCGACUUGGAGCUGCUCGAUGCUGGAUCGAGCACCGUGGCUAGGCGUAGCGAGCACUUCGUCCGUGUGUGUACAGUACAGUGCAUGUCGGUACACGGCGUUAUCUCCCCAUGGAUUUGUCUUCGUUCUUGAGCACAUUGCUGUCGUCAUUAGUGAUGCAUUUAUUCAGCAGUACUACUUCAGCGUGCC